GGCUUUGUUGCCCCGCCUACUCUUCUGCGUUCGUUUCUUUUCUCCGAAUCGCAGUUUGAGGCGGCUGCGCCUCCUGGCCUCGUGCUGCGGUGCCGCGUCGCACGGGCUGGCUUUCUUCGGCGGGUCGAGGCCCGCUGGGCAGGCGGAGCGGCUAGCCGAGAUGUCGUCGAGGCAGAACGGCCCGAGGAAGGGGCUGGGAGUGAAUCCCGAUGAGGACGCUGUUUGUCUACCUCAGAAACUCUGCAAACCCUUCACCCCUGGGAGAAAUUUUGGGCAUUUGCAACAUCGCCCUGUUUCAGGGAGAAGCGAUGGGAACAACAAUGUAAACAUGGUAAAGUUGGAAGACGACGAUGAUGACCGAGUGACUUCAGCAGAAACGUCUCUCUUAAACAAGUUAAUAAGAAAAUCUUUAGUGGAAUCCUAUCAUCAUGUAGAGGUUUUACAGCGUGAUCCCAGCUCGCCACUGUUUUCUGUAAGAACCUUUGAGGAACUGCAUUUGAAGCAUGAACUACUCCAAGGUAUUUAUGCCAUGGGCUUUAACAGACCUUCCAAGAUACAGGAAACGGCACUUCCAAUGAUGUUAGCUGACCCACCCCAAAAUCUUAUAGCGCAAAGUCAGUCAGGGACAGGCAAGACGGCUGCUUUUGUUCUGGCUAUGCUCAGCAGGGUGAACCCAGCUGACAGAUUUCCACAGUGCCUCUGCUUAGCUCCUACCUUUGAACUGGCUUUGCAAACUGGACGAGUUGUUGAGAAGAUGGGAAAGUUUUGUGUCAACAUAAAGGUUACGUAUGCUGUUCGAGGGAACAGAGUUCCAAGAGGAACUGUAAUAGAAGAACAGAUAGUAAUUGGAACCCCAGGGACUCUGCUAGAUUGGUGUUUCAAGCUAAACUUUGUGAAUGUGAAGAAGAUCAAAGUGUGUGUGCUGGAUGAAGCAGAUGUCAUGAUCGACAAACAGAAUUUCUCAGACCAGAGUGUCCGUAUUCACAGAGCUUUGUCGCCCAGUUGCCAGAUGCUUCUCUUUUCAGCCACCUUUGAAGACCCUGUGCUGCAGUUUGCACAACGCAUCGUCCCUGAUCCCAACAUUAUUAAGCUCCGCCGAGAGGAGCUGACGCUCAACAAUAUCCGGCAGUACUACUUUGAGUGUGAGAAUAAGGAAGAUAAAUACAAAGCCCUGUGCAAUAUCUAUGGCAGCAUCACCGUUGGCCAAGCCAUAAUCUUUUGCCAGACUCGUAAAAAUGCAAAAUGGCUGUAUCGGGCUCUGUCGAAUGAUGGCCACCAAGUAUCCCUGUUGAGUGGGGAGCUUGCAGUUGAAGAGCGGGCAGAAGUGAUCCAGAAGUUUCGUGAUGGCAAAGACAAAGUCCUCAUCACAACCAACGUCUGUGCUAGAGGCAUUGAUGUGAAACAGGUCACGAUCGUGGUCAACUUCAGCCUGCCUACAACGAUGUCGUUCUCUGCCGACUUCGAGACGUACCUCCACCGCAUAGGUCGAGCAGGCCGCUUUGGAAAGAAGGGCUUGACGUUCAACAUGGUUGAAAGGCAUAAUUUGCCACUUCUGUAUGCAAUUCAAGAGCACUUCAAGACCGCCAUCAAACACCUUGAUCCUGAGGAUAUGGAAGCACUGGAAAAAAUAGAAGACUGAAUUCUUCUGGUUCGGCACCUUGGGCCCUCCAGAUAUUGUUGGGCUCCAUCUCCCAGUUAGCCCCAGCCCAGCACGGCCAGUACCAAGGAAUGACGGGAGUUUGAGGGCCACAGGGUCACCAUCCCCAAAGAGUUCUAUAAAGUCAUUUAAACCAUUUUUUCAGACCGUGAUGAUGAUCUGUCAGAAUAAAAAGAGACUUAUUUUUUGCCCUUGGUUUUCUUUUGUUUCCACAAACUGUUAAGACACAUUAAAUGCCUUGCAUGAUUAGUAGAA